UGCCGCCAGGGCAGGGACGGGGAGGUGGUGAGGACCUGGGAGGCGGGAGUUCGUGCCAGGAGGGACUGAAAGAAGUGGGCUUGCGCUGAGGAGUGGGGAGGCAGAGCUCGAAUCUAGGAGGGGCAGGGCCGGGGCUCGGUAGGACUGCGCAGGCGCGGUUCAUGCACUUGCUCUGGCACUCCCUCCACAGAAAAUUGGGCUACAGCUCAAAGCCACGCUGGAGAAUGUCACCAACCUCCGCCCCUUGGAUGAAAUGUGGCAACUGUGGUGAGAUUUCAGAGAAGUGGCAGUAUAUUCGGCUAAUGGACAGUGUGGCACUGAAGGGAGGUCGUGGCAGCGCCUCCAUGGUCCAGAAGUGCAAGCUUUGUGCGAGGGAAAACUCCAUCGAGAUUUUGAGCAACACCCUCAGAUCUUACAAUGCUGAAGACAAUGAGAAGUUCAAGACGAUUGUAGAGUUUGAAUGCCGAGGCCUUGAACCAGUUGAUUUCCAGCCCCAGGCUGGGUUUGCUGCUGAGGGUGUGGAAUCGGGGACAGUCUUCAGUGAUAUUAAUCUGCAGGAGAAGGAUUGGACUGACUAUGAUGAAAAGGCUCAGGAAUCUGUGGGAAUCUACGAGGUCACCCACCAGUUUGUGAAGUGCUGAACCUUCUUCCUGCACACUUGCCUCUAAGAACUGAGAAGGGACAAUGUGCCCCCAGGCAGCAGAGCCCACUGAGGCGAGUCCUCUCAUCCCUUGUCUCCUGGAAGUUAUCCAAGUCCUCACCGCUGCAUGCUGGGCUCUGUCACAGCUUCCCAAGUCCCACCAAUAAAGCCCCUGUUUGUACUGCACUGGUGCAUGAAGGCAGAGUCAGGUAACAGCAACUCCAGCCACAAAUAAGAAUUUCAUGUUGGAAGUCUCUGGUUGCUUCCUGGCACAUUCCCACAGUAGAGGAUCCAAUUUGUAAAAUAUGCAGGAGCACAUAGCUUCUGAGGGCUCUCCAGCUCUUGGGGAGCAGGUAGGUUAACCCAACGGACCUAAGGUGUCAAAGCCAACAGUGCAAAGAGCAGCUGGGCCUGUGGAACGAUGCCAUGAGCCCCAUGGUCCUGAGCCAAAACACUACAUUGAUCACCGUGGCUCCCAAGCAAACCCAGGCAUUUCUAGCUGGUGUCACUUCAUAGUCCAGGGCUAGCAGGGACUUUAGAGGCAGCAGCCCAGUACUGGCAUGAAUCUGCGCUGUGAAGUUCCUGCUGGACAGUCAUCAAGUCUUUGUCCAUUUGCUGUGAUGGGGCAAUCAUCUCCCACCAGGGGAAUCAAUAGGAAAGUUCUUCCUUCUGCCAAGUCAGCAUCUUUGCUCCCUAAAGCUCCUGCUUGUCCUAGUUUGUCACCUUUGUGGUCAUGCUUCCAUGUUCUGCCCCUGGACAGCCCUGUGGAGGUCUGAAGACAGGAGUCGGGGCCCUGUAAGUCUCGUGGGCCUGGUUCCCUGGGUCUGAGAAUCCCCUGCAGAGUAGAGAGAGUUGUUCGGUGCAGUUAGAUGGUGAGGGUAUGCUCAAGCAUUCACACUGGUGAAUCCACUAUUCGGGAAAUCUGUUGUGAGACACCUUAUUUCACCAGUGUUGCUGGAGUCAGAAUCUUUUGGAAGUAAAAAUGAUUACCUUCAUUUUUUGAGAGGCCCAUUAGGAAAAAAUAUGCCCACUUCCAGACUGGUUGUGGGGGGCACUAGAAAGUAGCACUACUACCUCAGAUUUGGUAGUAAAGCGAUCCCUACCUUGUCCGUUCUCCAGUCUGGCAUCUACAUCAUGUUUCCUCUAGGUUCCCUAUGUUCCUGGCCCCUGGACCUGCUCUUUCCUGUAUGUGACAGAGUAGAACUUCUUUGGCCCGCCGUCAGCCAGCAGGUCUGUCCAGUCUGUCACCCCCAGGGUCCAGUCCACUGCCCAGCCUGAAAGCAAAUUAAGUGGAAGCUGCCUGAGAAAGCAGCCUUUCUGGGUUUUAGUCUCUUACGCAAUAGCCAGUGUGUGUGUGAAGCUCACAAUGACAGACAAUAAAAGGAUCUCAAGGUUUCCUUUA